UCUGCGCCCGGCCCCCUGACCCGGCUAUAAAAGGAACCCGCCGGCCCGCGGCUCCAGCGCGCCUUCUAGCAGCUCACCUUUCUCUGCUUCUGUUGCUUCGGACCUCCGGCUUCAUCAGGACUCGAAAUGGACCCCAACUGCUCCUGCGCCACUGGCGACUCCUGCACCUGUGCUGGUUCCUGCAAAUGCAAAGAGUGCAGGUGCACCUCCUGCAAGAAGAGCUGCUGCUCCUGCUGCCCAGUGGGCUGUGCCAAGUGUGCCCAGGGCUGUGUUUGUAAAGGGGCAGUGGACAAGUGCAGCUGCUGCGCCUGAUGUGAGGAGAGUCUCCCUUCCACAUACAUAGAGUGACCUGUGAAAACCUGGAUUUUUCAUACACCCCUCACCCAUUUAUAUAAAAUAUUUCAUUUCAUUUAAAUAUAUAUGAACUUUGACAAUAAACUCAUCCAGACUA